AUGGCUAUUAAUAAUGAUAACAAUAAUAUUGAAAUUAAAGAAGAAAAUUUGUAUAACACUCAUGAUGAUUUUGUUGAUGCUGUUAGAAGUUAUGCAAAAAAAUGUUGUUUUCAAAGAUGUUUAGGCAAAGUAGAAAAAAAUAUAGCUAGAAAUAUUCGUAAAAGCACAGUAGUAUGUAGUUGUGAAGGUGAUCCUAAAAAAACAUCUACUGGUGCUAAUAUUAGAAACCGAUUAUUACAACGAUGUAAUUGCCAAUUUUUAGUUCAUGCAUUACUUAAUUCUCAAAACAAUCUUUAUCAUACAAUAAUAUUAGAAAACCAUCAACAUUUUAUACCUAAUGAAAGAGAAAUUCCAUUAGAAGUUCAAGAAAAAAUUAUACUUCUUCAUCGUGCAGGAUGCAAUAUUACUACAAUUCAUGCAAUUUUAAGAGAAGAAUUUAUUAAUGCAAAUAAUUUUACAAAAAUUUUAGAAGAAUUAAAAUCUGAAGAUGAAAAUUUUCAAUAUAAAAUUAAAGUUGAUCCUAAAACAAAUGAAUUACAACAAGUAAUCUGA